AUGCCCGCUACAGCUGGAAGGCCGCAGCAUGCGCAAGUGUCACCAUCUUUGUCAGACAGGCCCUUAUCAUCGUGGAUCCCGUCUACAGUUCCCCCGCAGACAGCAUCCAUUCUUAUUGCAGAACUGGCCAAACCAAUAUCCAGUGCCGAUGACGAAGGCUAUAUCUACAUGUUCUGGUUGACACCCCCGACAACUACCACACAACGGAGCGCUGAAUCCGCGGUAGCGCGAGACAUAGCAUCUUCUCUACUACCGCAGGCCCCGCAAAGCAGCAACAGCCUCCGCCCACCCACGCAGCCACGCAGCGUCAGCGACGCAAUCCGUGCAGCACAAGACAUGAACGCUCUCACCUCCAACCCGACAUCAACCAAGCCGGGAACGCUUAGGCUGAAAAUUGGACGCACGAGCAAUGUGCAUCGUCGGCUUGCUGAAUGGAGUAAACAGUGCUCAUAUGACUUGACCUUGAUCCGUUACUAUCCUUACACGCCAUCCCACCCUAGCCAGGAUAGCGCAUCUUUAGUACCGGGAAGGAAAGUCCCGCAUGUGCAUCGCGUGGAACGACUCAUUCACCUUGAGCUAGCGGCUCAGCGUAUACAGGACUUAGGCCAAUGUCCCGAGUGCGGGAAGGAGCAUCGGGAGUGGUUUGAGGUCGAGGCGGAGAAGGAGUCGCUGAGGAGGGUGGAUGAGUGUAUCCGACGAUGGGUCUCAUGGGCUGAGUCGAGGCCUUGA